CUGCAGCUGGCCCUGCCUCUACUGGCUGAGUGCAUUCCUGGUGUCACAGUCAGAGGACGUCAGGAAGAGAACAGGCUGACAAGCUCCCACACCCCAACAACCAUGAAGCGAUGUUAGAAAGCUGGAAGAUCCGGGUCCCUCUAAGCCAAGAACCGGUUUCCUGCCCACCACCCCCCAGCCUAAACAGUCACAAGGCUUGUUUGCUCAGCGCUGUGUGUGCUGCUGGCCAUACCCUGUACCAUUGGUGUGUCUGACGUGUCCGGGGUGUGAUUUCCGCUCGAUGAGGCUGGCUGUGCAAUCAUUAACUGAAUGACAAUGAAACGAGACUGAAACCACGGGACUGCACCCACCAACCCACGACUCCGAAAUGCCGUCUCCCAGUGAGACCCUAAAGAAGGAGUUGGAGGAAGAGCUGAAGCUGAGCGGUGAGGACCUUAGGAGCCACGCAUGGUAUCAUGGGCCUCUUCCACGACAGGAGGCUGAGCGGUUGCUUCAUGAGGAUGGUGACUUCCUAAUUCGUGACUCUCUCUCAUCUCUGGGAGACUACGUCUUGAGCUGCGCCUGCUCUGGACAGGUCCUACAUUUCAAGAUAAUUGCUGUAACCCUUCGCCCAAAACGUGGCCACACACGGACUCUCUACCAGCUAGAGCAGGAUCAGUUUGAUAACAUCCCAGCAUUAGUUCGCUCAUAUGUGGGGGACAAAAAGAUGGUUUCUGUGUCCUCAAGAGCAGUCAUCGUGUGUCCGGUCAACAGGACUCUUCCUCUCCGAGCCAUCCAAGAAAGGCAUAAUAUACAGACUGUGAAUAAAGACCGCAGAAAAAGCUUACGCUUGACUGACAGCAACCUACUCCGAAAUAAAGAUAGAUUUGGGAGUCAACCAGGGAACUUAGACAUCUUGAAGGAACGUCCACUACAAAGUGCCCAGUCUGACAGCAACCUCUUCUCCACUGUCACGGGUGAAGUCUCAGUGACCACACAGGAGCAGAACCCAGCUCCUCUCUCACCCAUGUUCCGCACGGGAAGUGACCCUGUCUUACGUGCGAAGGCCGUUCCAGCCCAAACAUUGGACCUUGAUGGGAACAGUGCAUUACGUGGAUCAGACAGUCAGCUACACUCCAAGGCACCCCCAAAACCCAUACGAGCUCCUUCUAUACUGCUCCCAGAAACUACCGAGGCUACUGACACAUAUUGUGAACUGGUUCCUAGGGCCCCAGUAAACCACAGGAAAUAUGUGGACACUCUGAAGGUGGAGGAAAGAUGGAGAACCCGUGCUCGUGCUACGGAGACUACUUUUGGCUUCUUAGAUGGCAACAGCCCCAUGGACAUCUGUCAAACUCAAGUGGACAAUUCUAGACCAAGCCAUUCAAGCACAACUGUAAGCCCUUCAUCCAAACCUGUAAGUCCUUCGUCAACAACUGUAAGCCCUUCAUCCACAACUUUAAGCCCUUCUUCCACAACUGUAAGCCCAUCGUCCACAACAGUAAGCCCUUCAUCCAACACUCAUGAUGAAGAAGGUGGAUUUGUCAGGCCACAGAUACAAAACACAUCUUCUUACCAGCCCCAACAAUUUCAGUCUCUUCUGCUGUCCCCGGAAAACAAACCUCUAGAGCCUAUUGCUUUGAGGAAAUUGAAGGAGAUUGUCAGUCAUCAAGACUGCCGAGAGUGUGCCCUGCACAUCCUACAGGAAGACUGCCAGGCGAUUCGGAUUUGGCGUGUUUCUCCCGAACAACAGAGGAUUAUGGGGGUGCAGUCUGGACUGGAGCUGAUAACAUUACCAUAUGGACAGCAGUUCAGACGGGACCUUCUGGAGAGGCAUCACCUGCUCUGUCUGGGUGUAGCAGUGGAUAUCCUGGGCUGCACUGGAGCAGUGACGGAACGAGCGCACACUCUCCAUCGCAUUAUUCAGCUUGCGACAGAACUGCGAGAUGUUGCAGGGGAUCUAUUUGCGUUCUCUGCUGUGAUGAAGGCGUUGACACUACCCCAGGUGACACGACUGGAACAGACAUGGCAGAUGUUGCGCCAGACGCACACGGAAAGCGCGAUUUCAUUCCAAAAGCAGCUGAAACCAUCGCUGAGAGAUUUGGAUGAGGGCAGAAACCUACCCCCCGCAAAUCAUAUUGUAGUUCCCCACAUCUUGCCGGUGCUCAAGGCCAUGGAAGGCGAGGAAGACUGGGGGGGGCCUGUGGAGGAGAGCUGCGGACGAUUGCUCUGUCUCCUGCAGGCUGCGCGAUCCUUCGCUGCUAAUGCAGACCUCCACAAGAACAAUGCCGAAAUGAAGCUGAAAGGUUUCCAACCCCACCCGGAGCUCAGGGAAGCCUUUCAGACCGAGUUCUCCUUGAGGUUGUUUUGGGGCAAUAAAGGUGCCAAUGUGGAUCAGAGCGAAAGGUACAAGAAAUUCGACAAAAUCUUGAGUGUUUUAUCCAAUAAGUUGGAACCUGACAGCGACAGCAGAAAAUCUUUGAGCUCCAUGUAUGGGGCGAUUCAUUGAGAUGAUCCCAGGAGGACAAUCAAUCCAUUCAGCUCUUGCAACUGGCAGAGAAUAACAGGGCCAGCAUUAUCACUGCUAAAGUGCCACAAGUGGUCCUACCUACUUGGUGUACCACUACCACCAAAUGAACAUUGUGUGUAUAAUGCACACACCCCUGUGGAGCCCAUUGGACCCUCUUUGCCAUGCUGAGUGCAGAGCUGUGCAACAACUGCCAGUUUGUGCUGCAUUCUCUUUACACUGCACAGAACACCCAUUAUGUUUACCCUCACUAGUAGCACUGGUAUUGGACUGUACAGCACUUAUAAUUCUAGGUUUCUUCUCUGUCUGAUGGUGAAGAACCAUCUGUACGUCGCACCUGAUUAGCUUCCCAGUGUGUAUUGGCACCUUUUAUUCACCACAUCGGCACUCCUACCCUUACUAGCUAAUGCGGUGUGGGGAGAGAAUCUGAUUCAUUUUAUGUAAGCAUCAUAUUGCUAAAAGAACACUACAAAAAAUAUGAGAACUGCAACCCGAGGUGGUUAUGGUUGCAAGAAGGUCCGAGACUCUCCCAAAGAAGUUUUAGAACAUAGCUGGGUUCUGUGUGAAACUUGUACAUAACCCACCACGAGCCUUAAAUAGAUUUUAAAUUGCAGUGCAGUAGUAUGGAGGAUUUUGAACGUAUGUUACCAAAAGGUUUGUUGUUUUUGA